AUGGCCUCAGCAAAGGACCCGGCGUCUUCAGCAGCUUCCCGGCCAACAAGAGAGACCAGACAGACGCGCUCCACAGCAGCCGUCGAGGGCGAGACUCCUCACGGCGACGGAGAAGAGAAACCUGAAGGCAAGCUACAACAGUCGACCUUUCCACGCCGCUUUGCCCCCGAGCGAACCCGCGGGCAGAGUGUAGAAAGUUUUGAUUUCCCCGAAAGUUCCCAGAAUGUGCCCGACGGCGGGAGUAGUCCUCCUUCUCCUCAGGAACGAGGCCUGUCGGCUGUCCCUGAACCUGAGGAUGAGGAUGAAGCCGAGGCUGUUUCGUGGCAAGACAUAUUGGAAAUAGUAAUUCCAAGCAUAGAAAACUAUUCUGCCAGGCUCUAUGAUCAUCUUCAGAAGGAGGCCGCACCAUCCAGAGACAGGAGCUGGUGGAACAGACUCCGGUUCCUCGAAAACCUCUUCAAGGAACAGCAUAACAGGCUCGGCCCAGCCAAGCCGUUCAUCGACCCAUCAGAUAUCAUAGGGUCAUUUCCGGGCAUCGAUCAUGAGGAAGAGUUCGACAAUGCGAGCCAGGCGAUGUUGUCGACCAAUCUCAUCCUUCUUGCCAUGUAUGCGGCGCAGAUUGGAGACCGCAAGACCCAAGCAGAACCUGUCUUGGAAGAACUCAACGAGAGCUUUCCAAUGUUGUUCGCAAUGCCUCAGGCUCCCUAUGAAAACAAUGAUCUCUACGACAUGGCUUUCCGUAUCCGGUGUUGCUUGUUGACUGAGCAGAUCAGGCAGCCUCAAAGUAGCCAAAGCCCUGCGAUCUUGGCAGUGCAAUCAUUCUGCAGCGAUGAACCUCCGAGACUUGUCAAGCAAGCCAGGGAUAUGCUCUUGAAUGGUCCUUACGAACCUGUAGGUGCGGUUCCCGUCAACCAAGAUGAUGACGUCUCAGAAGAGCAUUCGCGCCGCAUGCAGGACCUCUGCGAUCGGUUAUCUCAGAGGGAGCGUGGCGAAAUUCUGAAAAUCCUGGAAGAAGCAUAUCCUAUGGGAGAGCUUCUCACCGAACUAGGAACUUGGGCCCUCAAGACUUACAAGGCUCUGAAACAACAGCCAAAGAUUGAGAAGGGCAAAGCACCUGCCCGUUCCGCGCAGGACGCUCAACCCCCAAGAGAUCCCCCAGAGCCGGCACCUUUGGAGCCUACCAAGGGACCUGCCCGUAAAACAUCCACGGCAGAGCAACGACGAGACAGAUCUGCAGUAGACGAAGAAGAAAGCCUGUUCGUGGCAGAUGAUGACGCUGGCAUGAGCGAGCACGAUGAUGAGUCCGAUUUUGAACCAGAUGAGCCUAUAGUUCGAACUGGAGCGCGGACUGGUAGCUAUCUGGACGGCAGUGCCAAUAUUGAACGAGACGAUAGGGUGGCGAGACGAAGAUCCCGUGCCACACCGCCUUCUAAUCAACAGCAAGUCCGAAACCCAUUGGCAGCCCUGAAUGCCGAGGAUGUGGUGAAUAGCUCUCGAGAGCAGGCAUCCUCGAAUCCAUUUCGCAGUCCCGCUGCAGCGAAAUCUGGCAGUGGUCUGCCAGACGGGCGAAAGAGACCGUUGGAAGCCGACGAAGAGGAAGACGGCGACGAAGACGAGUAUGAGACAAACACAAGACCUUUGGACGAAAGUAGGAGAAUAGUGAAGGAGCGACCAAUUACCGGUCCCUCGUCGUCAAAAAGAGUUCGUAUUUCUGAUACACGUGCUACGGGCGAUGGCCGACGCUCUGCCUCCUUGGCCAACUCUUCCAGGGAAUUCGAUCGCGACAGGACCGAAAAUGUACGAGCGAGUGAUAUUAGUCUGCUCUCAACCCAGGCCAGGGCAGCCGCUCGUCACGCGCGCCAGCCGAGUGCGCCUCAAAGGCGAGUUUUCUGGUCCGACGAUGACACGGCAACGCUCAUAGACGCCAUUCGAAAAUAUGGUUGUCAGUGGAGUUUCCUCGAGGAACAAGCUCUCUUCUCCACCUUUCGUAGUCAACAGGCUAUCCGAGACAAGGCACGCAAUCUGAAGGUUGAUCUUCUCAAAACCGAUGUGCCGCUUUUGGCGGGGUUUGACGCAGUGGCGCUGGGCAAAAAGGAAAGGGAUGCCGUCAAGAAGGCUGGAAAGAAUCCUGACCGUAUGGAGCAAGAUAUUGAUGAUGACGGAAAUGUGGUCAACAACCAAUGGUUUCCGGAGAUGGAGUACAACCAGGCGCACCGCCAGGAAGAUGAAGAUUAG